AGAACUACAACUCCACUUCGCGUUCGCGCCGAAAUGACGUGCGUCCUCGCGUCAUCCACACACGGCGGCGCGCUCUCAGUAAGCGCUGAAGGAGCGGAGCAAUGGCUGGGACCGUGGAUCAGAUCGCCCCGGUGGGAGAGGACCAGGAGCGGGUCAUCUCCAGGUCAGACAGUGGCAGCGGUGAGGAUUCCUUGGAUGGUUUGUUCUCCCGACUACCGUUAACUCCAUCUCUUUCUCCACGGAAGCGAACAACUAGUCAAAGCAAGUCCGAACCACCACUUCUGAGGACUAGCAAGCGAACCAUCUACACUGCAGGACGACCUCCCUGGUACACGGAAUCAGGAACUCCUUUUAAAGAAGCCUUUGUCAUUGGUUUGUGUGGAGGAAGUUCUUCUGGCAAAACUACUGUGGCUAACAAGAUCAUUGAGGCUUUGGAUGUUCCUUGGGUGGUUCUGCUUUCUAUGGAUUCCUUUUAUAAGGUCUUAAACAAGGAGGAACAAGAACUAGCUGCCAAAAGUGAAUACAAUUUUGACCAUCCUGAUGCCUUUGAUUUUGACCUAAUCAUACAUACAUUGAGGAAGCUGAAGAAAGGGAAAAGUGUGAAAGUUCCAGUUUAUGAUUUCACCACACACAGUCGAAGAAAGGAUUGGAAAACUGUGUAUGGAGCAAAUGUUGUCAUCUUUGAAGGAAUUCUUGCAUUUGCCAACAAGGAGCUUCUAAAGCUUCUAGAUAUGAAGGUUUUUGUGGACACUGACUCUGAUAUCAGACUUGUUCGACGUUUAAAAAGAGAUAUAUCUGAGAGAGGUCGUGACAUUGUUGGUGUCAUCAAGCAGUACAACAAGUUUGUCAAGCCUGCGUUUGAGCAGUACAUAGAGCCAACAGUACAGCUUUCAGAUAUUGUGGUCCCUCGAGGUGGAGAGAACUUUGUUGCUCUUGAUCUGAUUGUCCAACAUGUUCAUAGUCAACUGGAAAAGAGGAAACUACGCUGGGAUAUAGCAGCCCUUGCAUCUGCCCACCAAGGUCAACCACUGCCAGAUAAGUUAAGUGUCCUUGAAAGCACUCCACAAGUUAGAGGAAUGCAUACAAUUAUCAGAAAUAAAGAAACAAGUCGAGAUGAGUUCAUCUUCUAUUCAAAAAGGUUAAUGAGGUUACUGAUUGAGCAUGCCCUUUCCUUUCUGCCACUCAAGCCUGUUACAGUGGAAACGCCUCAAGGAGAACUGUACGAAGGAAAACGAUUUGAUGGAAAAAGGAUAACAGGAGUUUCCAUUCUCCGUGCUGGUGAAACAAUGGAGCAGGCACUAACAGCAGUGUGCAAGGAUAUCAGAUUAGGAAAGAUUCUUAUUCAGACAAAUCAUGACACAGGAGAGCCUGAGCUACAUUAUCUUCGAUUACCUAAGGAUAUCAGUGAAGAUUAUGUAAUUUUGAUGGACAGUACAGUGUCAACAGGUGCUGCUGCUAUGAUGGCAGUUCGAGUCCUUUUGGAUCAUGAUGUGCAGGAAGAUAAAAUUUUUCUACUCUCAUUAUUGAUGGCUGAAAUGGGAGUGCAUUCAGUGGCUUAUGCCUUUCCCAAGGUUAACAUCAUAACCACGGCAGUAGACAAGAAAGUAAAUGAUGAAUUCCACAUUAUUCCUGGAAUAGGUAACUUUGGAGAUCGAUACUUUGGCACUGAUGCACCGUCUGAUUGGUAUGAGAGUGAUGAGGGCAUGGACUACUGAUUUCUCAUCUGGGAUUCCAAGGGACUUGGGAAGGCAGUGAGGCUGUGAAUAGUUUGCAACUGCGAAGAAAAAAGAAAGAAGAAAGAACAUCUUAGAACAAGUACCAGAACAAGUUGAACAAUUCAGAUGCUUUCAGUUUAGAUGUUUUGGUUUAUCAUUGAUUGAUCCUACUCUAAACCAAAAACUACUGUGUAUUUUAAGGUUAAGGUUUUUGCAUCCAGAAUUUGCAUUUCUCAAGUAAACUUUGUCUGAUUCUACAUAAUCUAAUAAUCCUGACUGCUUAUCGGUGACGUGGGGAAUUAGUGGAUAGCCUCAAUUUGAAAAUGUAAGUUUGAACCUUUUUGAAAGCAGGCCUGUAGAUAUCAAAGAAUAAACUAAAUAUUCAGGGAGUUGUAAAUUGUAAUUUCCUGGCUGUCUUUAUCAUGGCAUUUAUUCAACCAAUAAAUUUCUUUUUGGGUAAAUUUUUGACUUAAAGAUUUUACUUGGGAUCAAAUUCAGCAAAUGAUGUGGCAUAUUCCCCAGAUUAAAUGAAGAUACUAAUGUUGUGCUUAAAAAACAAAAAUAAUUCACUACCAUUUUUGAGAUGCUGCAUGAAAUUGGAAAUUUUUGUUAAUUACAUAAAUCAUUUCCUAAGUAGUUAUCAGUACUCUAAUAGAACACUUAAGUGCACAAUUACUGCUUAUUUUAAUGAUGUUUCAGAUCUCAGGAGUUGGCUAGAAAAAAAUGUACAAAACUUUCACCAGUUUCCAGUUAGAGACUAGAUAGGAUAAACAGAAUAAAUUUAUUUUCAAACAACAGGAAUUCUGCAGAUGCUGGAAAUUCAAGCAACACACAUCAAAGUUGCUGGUGAACGCAGCAGG